CCUCACAAAACCCUCCAUCAACUCAGCAACAACCAAACUUCCAAAAUUCCAAAUUCUCUUUCCUUUGACCUAACUUUGACUUUUAUUACUUCAAACAUUUCCUCAUGGGUGAAACUAAAAACUCCCUUUCAGAACAACCUUCAUCCGCCAUUGAUGCAACAGAGGAGCUUCUAAUAAAAAUCCCAGCAACCGUUGUCCACUUAAUCGACAACCAACAAAGCAUCGAGCUUGCUUUCGGCAACCUCGAACUCAUCCUACUCCGUCAAAACGCAACCUCAGUUGCCGUUUUAGCAAGAAUUGGAGACCAACUCCAAUGGCCGCUUACAAAGGACGAAUCUGCCCUCAAACUAGACGACUCUCACUACUUCUUCACCAUCUCAUCCAACGGCGACGUUUUGAACUACGGCUUAACCGUACCUUCUAAAGGACAAGAUGAUCUUCUUAAGAAGUUCGACUCAAUACUCGAUAAGUAUAUCGAGUUUAAAGAAGAGAGGGUAGAAGUUGAGGUAGAAGGUGAAGCGAGUGAUGGGUGGGUGGUUGCGAGGGAAGUGGGGCCGGAUGAGGUGGAGAGAGAUGGGGUUAAGAGAGAGAAAAUGAAGGAGAGUGCUUCGGCGUAUUGGACGACGUUGGCUCCUAAUGUGGAGGAGUAUAGUAAUUGUGUUGCGAGGAUGAUUGCGGCUGGUUCGGGGAUGUUGGUGAAGGGGAUAUUGUGGUGUGGGGAUGUUACUGUGGAGAGGUUGAAAUGGGGGAAUGAGUUUUUGAAGAGAAGGUUAGGGAAAAGAGAGAAUGCUCAAGUUAGUCCUGAAUGCUUAAGGAGGAUUAGAAGGGUGAAGAGCAUAACAAAGAGAUCAGAGGAUGUUGCAACUGCAACUCUAACAGGGGUUGUAAAAUUCUCUGAGACUGUCACAGGCUCCGUUGUCAACUCAAGAGUAGGGAAAAUAUUCUUCAACAUGUUCCCUGGAGAAAUCAUCUUAGCCUCAUUCGACGGUUUCCAAAAAAUUUGUGAUGCUGUUGAAGUUGCUGGAAAGAAUGUUAUGUCAACUUCUUCACUUGUGACUACGGAUCUCGUUACAGAGAGGUAUGGAGAGGAAGCAGCUAAAGCGACGAAUGAAGGGUUGGAUGCGGCAGGACAUGCCAUAGGAACAGCUUGGACAGUGUUCAAAUUGAGGAAAGCUCUGAAUCCCAAGGCUGCUCUUAAACCCACAACUCUAGCCAAAGCUGCUGCUGGCAAGGUCAAAAAAGCUCUAUAAUGGAACAGACAUCUUUUGUGUUCAGGUCUUAGGACGUAGGAAUAGGAGUGUAAGUACGUGCGAAAAGUUUUAAUUUACAACAAUGUUUCAUUGAGAUUGUUUUUUGUUCUUUUUAUAGCUUCUAAGUAUAGCAGAAUUUGUUGAUGCUUGAACAUUUUGGUGAUCUAUCGAUUUGGUGGGAUUUAUGUUCA